ACACACACAAAACCUCAAGGGUCUUCCCUGGUAGGCCAAAACUAAGCAGACAGGGUGGUUCUGAGUCAUUAGAUGGCUGAUGUUAGUUACCAGGACAAAUCCAGAGAGAAGUUCAAUUCAAGAUGCACCAGGCCCAGUGAUAUGUUCUCUGCCUCUCUCUGAAACCUCUUGCUUGCUGACUGGUAUUCCUAACUGGUAUGCCUUCAUAGCCUGCCUGUGCUGCUGGGGGUCGAUAAUUGUAGUUAAUUAGCAAUCUAAUGGUCUAAUUCUGUGUUCAACCAGCCUUGCUAUGGAUUUUAACCUCAGCGUGAACGCCAACCAAUCUUGAAGGCUCCGUGGCUUGAAACGUCCCACUCGCUCGACUACACCCUUCCGCCAGUGAUCAUUCACCUUGGUAACCACACGACGACAGCAUUGAAUAGCAACCAGUCCUGUAGUGGUGAUGACGAGUUCUUUAAGUACCGAGCCUACACUGUCACCUACCUACUGGUGUUCCCUAUGGCGUUUCUUAGCAACAUUGGAGCGCUGUUUGUGUUCCUGCGACUGAUGCCCAAACGGUCUGCGUCCUCUGUCCUCAUGACCAAUCUCGCCCUAUCAGAUGCAUGCUUCUCCCUCACCCUGCCGCUGCGAUUGGCCUACUACUUCAGAGGCGCUCGCUGGGACCUCCCUGAUUGGCUGUGCCGACUGUGUGUGUUUUGCUUCUAUCUCAACCUCUACACCAGCGUUCUCUUCCUUACUGGACUGAGCGUGCUCCGUUGGCUGGCCGUGCUGAAGCCUCUCCGUCAUCGAGCCUUGGCCACGCCCCUUCGUGCCUUAUUGGCAUGCUUGGGCAUUUGGCUGUUUGUGGGCGGCGCUUCAGUCCCAUUCCUGUUUUCGGGGACCAGGGUGAGGGCGGGACUAACACGCUGCUUCGAGCCACGUAACCCUGCCUCCUGGAAGAUGAUCUUCGUUCUCAACUACGUGGGCAUGACAUUCGGCUUCCUGAUCCCGUUCGUCACCAUCCUCGGUUGCUACGGCUGCAUCAUCCACCGACUGACAGCUACAGCCUCGUCAGGAUUAGGGUUGACUGGUAGCCUGAACAGGAACAAGAUACGUAACCAGGGGAGACGUCGGCGCCGGCGCCGGUCUCUGCGUCUGGUCGCCAUGGUGAUCUGCACAUUCCUACUGUGCUUUCUGCCCUAUCACGUGGCUCGCUCACUGCACCUGCACGCGGUGGUGGGCAGGUGGGGCUGUGUAGCUACGGCGACACUGCAGCGGGUGUUGGUGGUGACGCUGUGUCUGGCGGCGGCCAACAGUGUGGUUAACCCUCUGUUCUACUACUACUCCGGGGAGUCCUUUAGAGCGGUCAUACGCAGCGCCUCGUCACGACGACGGUCCUUCUCCUCCUCCUUCACUCAGGGCAGCCUGCUGCUCUCUCGCAGAAAGAAGACCACAAUGCAUACAACACCAACAAUGCGAGACUCACCCCUCGCUCCACCCCUAACCCUUCCUGGGUCGCUACCAGACACACCCCUCACUCCACCCCUAACCCUUCAUGGGUCGCUACCAGACACACCCCUCACUCCACCCCUAACCCUUCCUGGGUCCCUACCAGACACACUCCUCACUCCACCCCUAACCCUUCCUGGGUCACUACCAGACACACCCCUCACUCCACCCCUAACCCUUCCUGGGUCGCUACCAGACACAACCCUCACUCCACCCCUAACCCUUCCUGGGUCCCUACCAGACACACAAAGCCGUGUGGAAGACAGUCUAUAAAGGGUUCAAAACCUAUUUGCCCUAUACCCCACCUCUACUUACUGAGACCUGAACCCCUAGCUACACUCUCCAGAAUCAGAGACACUUUGCUGCACAUGUAAAAUGGAGCCCUGAGGCCUGAACCACACACACACACCCACACGGAGACACUAACCCCCCGAGGCACUUUGUGGGUGUGCUCUCUGUUAUUUCCAUUCCCGCUGACCGGCCGGCAGUUGCUCAUCCCUGCAAUAGGCCGUGCAGCCACAGGUGCCGGGCCUACUUUUGUUUGAUUGUUUAUUAUUCCAGUGUUAAUCAUUACACUCUUCAUAGAUGUAUCAUAUAGGUCAAAAACUGUGUUGCACAAGUCCCACAGGCUCACAUUUGUAGGUUAAAUUUAAUAAUAUCUUCAGUUGAUCAUAGUGAUUGACAAAUGUUGCCUAGAUAAUACAUAUUUAGUUUUUUCCUUGACAUUGAAGUAACAGAUAACUAUAUUUGAUGCAAGAGCUUCGAACACCACGAACACCACCUCACAAAAGACCUCAUCCAACAUCAAGAGGCUCUUGUCCAGUUUGACAUUGCAUAUAAAGUUACCAGGACCAUUGGAGACCAGGCAGACCUCAUGCAGAGAUUUGAUAAAGACUGUUGGCUGAAGCCAGAGUCUGGAAAGCACUCAAUCUCAAGGACAUCUGAGGAUAUCAACCAUAAGUGUGCUUCUUGAUCAGGUGUGUACCUGAUCAAGAUUACUUUGACACCUGUCAGGUUUUACCAAAGCUUCCAGAACAUCCAAAUAAACCUGUUGCGCAAAUUGGACUAUGAGUAACUAGUGUUGUGGAUCAGCAACCACAAACUGAAAUUACACCGUGAGAAGAACAAACUGUCUGCUCAUUUGGCACACAGACAGAGGCCCAAAGUUGACAGUUGAUUUCAGCUGUAGUGCUGAGACCCUAGAAUAGAAAUUGUUAUCUUAAAUGCCACAGUUAGAGAAGUAAUGUAAGAAAUGGGAAAGAAUAAGUAGUACUGAAACCAAUGACAAUGUAGACUCACAAAAUGUGUAUUUAUUUUUAUAAUGUUCAGUGGCGUGUUUUCAUGGUUGCCAAGGGAAGCCAGGCUUCCCACAAAAAAUUGACCAAAAAAUAAAUAAUGAAUUUAUCUUUCAUCUCUGUGUUUCAUAAUUUUCCUUCAAUUCGCAAGAAGCUGUAUGUUUCUCACCCUCUGUCUUUGUAUGUGUAGGCCAUCUAUCUGAUGCUGUCUGGUCAAAAAAUAGUAUGAUAUUGUUGCCUCCUGUAGCACUUAAUGCAAGGGAGGCCAACAAGCAUUUGGCCUCCUUUGAUAAAAAAAAGUAUAAAAUAAUAGCCAAUCAGCGUUGAGCUAAACUGAGUGAGUUCAACUGUGAAUGGUCCUGGAGCACCAAAAAAAAGUGUCAAGGGAAGCCAGUUAGGAUUUGGCUUUACUCCAAAUGUAAUU